GGGUAAUUUGGACUGUUUCACUUCCCUGGGUACGUAGGUAGGCUCCAUUCAAGGUGCGAGGAUAAAGUGCAUUCUCUAUAUUGACGAUAUGAGGCCCUGGGAAGGCCACAUCCGCAUCUGCCAGAGCUUAACAGCGGCCCGGGCUGCGGGGUUGACUACCGUAGUCCGAAGAACGGAGCGCGGGGAAGGAGUCCAUCAAAAAGCCAAUCGCCAAUUCCACUGUCAAGAAAACCCACCGUCUCAAUCAAUGUUUGCAAUUGCUGCCAGAAGAUCCCUUUCUGUCUUUUCUCAGUUUUCUCCCAAAAGGACACUCCCAAGACUCAUCCACAACAUGUCUGCCACUCCCGUCUACACCGACAAGGCCGCCCCGGUCGCUGGCCCUUACUCCCAGGCCAUCAAGACCCCUACCACCAUCUACUGCUCCGGCCAGAUUCCCUGCGACGCCCAGGGCAACCUCGUUGAGGGCACCAUCCAGGAGAAGACCGGUGCUUGCAUCGCCAACAUCAAGGCCGUUCUCGAGGAGGCUGGCUCCUCCAUCGGGAAGGUUGUCAAGGUCAAUGUUUUCUUGACCGACAUGGCCAACUUUGCCGUAAGCACCCGAAGUUUCCGAUCAUCGAGUGACAGCGUUUGCUAA